CUUACAAUUAGCUAGCCAGUUUAAUUGUGUGAUAUCUGCUCUGCCCUAAUUACUUGUCCUUCCUCUCUCUCUGCUGGUUUGAUCCACCAUGGGGCUCUCGAAAACAUUCUCAGAGUCCGAUGUGUCGCUCCACUCCACCACUAGCUAUAUCCUAACGUCACCGGCUAAGUACAAGAUGCCUGAGAAUUCAAUGCCAGAGGACAUGGCGUUCCAAAUGAUAGACGAUGAGCUGAGGUUGGAUGCGGACCCAAGGCUGAACUUGGCUUCGUUUGUGACAACAUCGAUGGAGGAUAAGGCUAAAAGGCUUAUCAUGGAGUCCCUCGACAAGAACUAUGUUGACAUGGAUGAGUACCCUGCUACCACUGAUCUUCAGAAUCGGUGCGUCAAUAUGAUAGCCCAUCUUUUUAAUGCACCACUCAAAGACGGCGAGGCUGCGACCGGAACGGGAACAGUAGGAUCAUCGGAGGCCAUAAUGCUGGCGGGCCUUGCAUUCAAGAGGAAGUGGCAGAACAAGAUGAAGGCUAUCGGCAAACCCUAUGACAAGCCCAACAUAGUCACUGGUGCCAAUGUUCAGGUUUGCUGGGAGAAAUUUGCAAGGUACUUUGAAGUAGAACUGAAGAAAGUGAAAGUGAGGGAAGACUAUUAUGUAAUGGACCCCGUCAAGGCUGUGGAGAUGGUGGAUGAAAACACCAUCUGCGUUGCUGCCAUCUUGGGAUCCACUUACAAUGGCGAAUUCGAAGAUGUCAAGCUCUUGAACGAUCUUUUGAUGGAAAAGAACAAGCAAACUGGAUGGGACACUCCGAUUCAUGUUGAUGCGGCGAGCGGUGGGUUCAUCGCGCCCUUCUUGUACCCUGAUCUUGAAUGGGACUUCCGUCUUCCACUGGUGAAGAGCAUCAAUGCGAGCGGUCAUAAGUAUGGCCUUGUUUACGCCGGAAUAGGGUGGAUUGUUUGGAGGAGCAAACAGGACUUGCCUGAAGACCUAAUCUUCCACAUCAAUUACCUUGGAGCUGACCAGCCCACCUUCACCCUCAAUUUCUCCAAAGGGUCUAGUCAGGUUCUUGCUCAAUAUUAUCAGCUCAUUCGACUUGGUUUUGAGGGAUAUCAUGAAAUUAUGGAAAACUGUCACUACCUUGCGAUGGUGGUGAAAGAAGGAGUGGAAAAAACCGGGCAGUUUAAGAUACUGUCAAAGGACAUUGGGGUUCCGGUGGUGGCCUUUUCACUAAAGGACAGAAUCCGUUACGAUGAGUUUAAGGUGUCGGAGGGUUUGCGUCGGCACCAAUUUAUUGUGCCUGCAUAUCACAUGCCAGCGGAUGCUAAGCAUGUGGCCUUGCUCCGUGUUGUCAUAAGGGGAGACUUCUCUCGCACUAGGGCUGAGUACCUUCUGUCCAGCAUCAACGCUGUGCUGAAAGAGCUCGAUGAGCUGCAUCCUGUUGCUGCCAUUCAAGAAAACGGUCAUCAUAAACUGUCUCUAAAUGGAGUUGCAAAUGGAAACGGUGAGUUGCCACCAGCUGCUGCUGUUGAAAAUUGUCAUCACAAAGUGAGCGCAAAUGGAGCUGCAUAUGGAAACGGUGGGACAGACACAGAGAAUGGCCAGAUGACGGACGGUGCAAAAUGCUACUAGUCGGAGUGACAAACAUAACAUAAACAAUUUAAGUAAUCCAUACUAAGUUGAACUCUUUGUUGUUGGAGAUCGAGUUUAUUAGAUCGGUGGUAGG